AAACCUUCGAUUUCUUUUCGGUUCGGUUAAUUCGGACAAGUCGGUUUCUGCUCCCCCUAAAUACAACAACGAGCAAAGAUCCAAUUUUUCCCUUUUCAGUUGACGAAUUCAUCUUGCCGACAAAAAAAAGGUUGACGAAUUCGUCAUUUAUGAUUAUGAUUCCUCAUCGCAGGGAACUCUGCUGACUCCUCUGUUAAACAUUUUCCAACAGUUAUCGGUUCAAGAUUCAUCUCUUAUUUCAAUUCCAAUCUUCUGACAGUUCUAUGUACAUGGGUGUGUGCUAAAUUUGGACAGUUAUGAUGCUGAAAUGAUCAUCUGGGGAGGUUUUUGAUACAUAAUUGGGGGUUUGAAAUAUGAAAGAUAAAGUUUGGAGAUGGAUUUUAGGUUUGAUUUACAUAGUCGCUGUUGCUACUAUAUGGAUAGCUGCUAGUUUUGUGGUUCAAUCUGUUGUCGAUGCGGGGGUUUCGCCGUUUCUUAUUACCUACAUAUGCAAUUCAUUGUUUGUUGUUUACAUUCCCUUAGUUGAAAUCGGGCGAUAUGUCGAGGAUUCUUAUGGUAGUUUAAUAUUUUGGAGAAAGAGAAGUCGUAGUAGUGGCCCUUUACGAGAAUUGGGAGAGUCCGAAAAGGCCAUUCUUCUAGGAGAGACGGAAUUAGGUCCAAAUGAUAAAGAGUCGAAUGUUUCUGUUAUUGUAGACGAUGGGAAUGCUGAUAUUAAAGGAGAUGGUGUUAAUCCAAUUGCUGAAUCUAUGUCAUCUACGCAUGAAAGGAUCUUACCUGUUGAAGAGGGUAGUCAUGGAGUUGAUGCGAUAGGUCGUUGGACACGCGCUAGAGUGGCGAAGGUCAGCCUGCUGAUUUGCCCAUUUUGGUUUUUAGCUCAGCUGAGUUUUAAUCUGUCGCUGAAGUAUACUACUGUCACAUCGAAUACUAUUUUAAGCACGGCCUCCAGCCUUUUCACGUUUUUGGUCUCUCUGGUGUUCUUGGGUGAAACAUUCUCCUGGCUGAAGCUUGCAAGUGUACUUCUCUGCAUGGUUGGAACUAUAAUUGUCAGCUUGGGUGACUUGGAAAGUGGUCUAAGUGCAGUUGCUUUAAACCCUCUUCUUGGGGACUUUCUUGCACUCAUCUCGGCUGCAUUUUAUGCUGUGUACAUUACACUUAUCCGUAUGAAAUUUCCCGAUGAUGAUGGGAAAAGUGGUCAUGUCAGUAUGGCAGAAUUCCUUGGAUAUCUAGGGCUUUUCAACUUCUUCAUUUUCCUUCCCAUUGCUCUUAUUCUGAAUUUCACCAUGUUAGAGCCUUUCAGCAUGCUAACUGGCAAGCAGCUUGGUUUAAUCAUUGGGAAAGGUUUGUUAGAUAAUGUCUUGAGUGACUAUUUAUGGGCAAAGGCUGUUCUUUUGACAACCACGACAGUUGCAACGGCUGGUCUUACGAUUCAGGUUCCGUUGGCUGCUAUUGUGGAUUCAUUAAUAGGCAAUGCCCCCGGCGUAAUGGACUACUUUGGAGCUGCAGCCGUGAUGAUUGGAUUUGCUGGAAUUAACAUUCCUGCCGAUUCUUUUAGCCAAUCAAAAGAAUCAGAAAAUCAAGAGACUAGAUCAAUUCAUCAAGAUUGCUCAUCACCAUCUCAAGGAACUACAGGCAAUUCCUAACAUACUUUCGUUUGUUACGUUAAAUCGCAAAACAUACUUCAAUGUAAUUAACAAAUGUGUCGUAUAGUUUUAUUUUAUUUUUUACAUUAAUUAUUGUAAAUGUAAUUCUUGAUUCUGUAGCUUAGGUUUACACAAGAAAUUCGUCCUGAUAUUAUAAACAAAUAAAAUUAAGUGUUGAGUUUUGACCUA